AUUUAAUUACCAUAUUGUCAGGGUUUGUGUGGAUCUUAACAGUCAAAUAAACAAGAAGGCACUUAGAAAAUUGACUUUGAAUUGAUGUGAUAGUACAAAUUUGGCUUCGAUCUAUUUGAAGAGAAGCCAGCCGAGUUGAUACAUGUAAAACGGUGGGACUAAUCUGCGGACCUUUCCACAGAUUAUAGCCCAUAGUUAUAGCCCAGUGUCUUGAUCCCAGAGUCAUAUAAUUCUAUAGUAAUCUAUGGUCUGAGUAUCUGUAUUAUUGGUUGAUAUUCAUGCUAAGAAAAUAAACCCUCAAAACUAAACUUUUACCAAAAAUGUGUGAAGAUAUCAAGUGCUGCAACAGUCAGUUUGCUGAUAGAAUAGCAGAGUUAACAUAUAAACAGUUUAAUGAAUUGCCUAAGACUGGAAAACCACAAAAAGAUAAGGAAUGGACACUGCUCUCUUCCAUUGUCAUGUCUGUUGAAUCAGAUGUGGAAAAUGCUCAGUUAGAAGUGGUAUCUAUGGGAACAGGUUCGAAAUGUUUAGGGCGAAAUAAACUCAGUAAAAAUGGUGAUGUAAUAAAUGACAGUCAUUCCGAAAUCAUAACCAGAAGAGGCUUUCUAAGGUUUUUGUACCAUGAGUUGGAACAGGCCUACAAAGGAAAAGAAAGCCUUGUUUUUAAUCCACCAAAUGAAGAAAAUAGAUGUACUCUGAAGAAAAAUGUAAAGUUUCAUCUAUUUUCAAGUCACACUCCAUGUGGUGAUGCAUCUAUAUUUCCCAAGUCAGAGUCAAACUCUUCUAUAGAAAAGGAAAAAAGUGGACAAAAGAGACUUCAGCCUGGGUCUGAUAAUACAGAAACACCAAAUAAAAAGAAGAAGCUGGACUUGAUGGAAUCUCAGAAAGAGGAUUCGGAAUCUCUUGUCAAUGAAAGAAAUCUCAACGUGGAAACUGACAAUGCUUACAAGAGUGACUGUUCAAAUCCAAAUGAGAAUCUCAAUGCCGAUCCAAAUUCUGACUUCAAAUGUGAAUCUUCUGUUCAAAAUGAUUCGAAAGGAAAGGUUAUGUCAGGUGAUGGAGAAGACCACUCUGAAAGAUACAGAGCAGAAAUAGUGGAAGAUAUUCAUAGAACCGGUGCCAAAUGUGUUCCUGGAGGCGUUCAAGACAGUCAUGGAGACAAAGUAGACUAUCAUACUGUUGGUGCUUUACGAAUCAAACCAGGACGUGGUGAUAGAACUAUUUGUUUAUCGUGUAGUGAUAAAAUAGCAAGAUGGUGUGUUGUAGGAAUACAAGGAGCACUACUUUCCCAUUUUCUGGACAAACCUAUCUAUCUAGAUUCCAUCAUCAUUGGCAAAUGUCCAUAUAAUAAACAAGCUAUGAGAAGAAGUCUAAUAGAUAGAGUGAGUUUUAUAGAAAGUUUUAAUGAACCAGUUAUAUACCAGUCAUCAUUGCUAUUCCAAUACAGUCGGUUUUAUCAAGAUCUAACAAUAAAUACGCAGCUAUUUCCAACUUCUGCAGCAAUAGUAUGGUACAAGGAGGGUCAAUCUAGUUUUAUUGAAGUUAGUAUAAAUGGUAAAAAACAAGGUGUUACUAGUAAAAAUAGUCACAAACCACAAUCUAGAUGUAAAGUCUGUUGUAUAGAAAUGUUAAGAAGAUUUUUCAAACUGAAGAAUUCCAUAGAGAAAUUACCUUCAUCAUUACAUUGUAUAUCAGAGAAGAAUUCAACGUAUCAAGAUGUUAAAAUAGCUGCCAGUGAAUAUCAGAGCCGACUUGAAAUAUUGAAACAAACAGUUUUUAGUACAUGGAUCAAGAAACCAAAUGAUCUGAUACAGUUUAAAUUAGAUUAGCAUGAUUUGUAAUCUUAUCUUUGAAUAAAUUUUGAUAUAAAAUUG